AUGCUAGAUGGUGAACAUGGCAGCCAUCGGACACAUGCAUGGUCUGGUCUACGGGGCCGCAUUGUCCCAGAGCGUUGCCAAUUUAUCGAUGAAGACAAGAUCGCGCUAGUGAGCGAAAACGGCCUAGUCUCUAGAGUCUUGAACCCAACUCGACUUUCGCAUAAUCUAUCACUCAUCACAUACAUCUUCACAUCUUCACGUUCAACACCUGAGCCUGAGACUCUUUCGCUCGGAGGCACGAUCAUGGAGAACUCAAAGAAGCGGAAAGCCGAGUCUAGUGAUCGACAGGACGGCCGCAAUACGAAAGCGAAGGGUAGAAGAAACUGGGAUAUGCCCCGCAGAGGUGCAGAAGCCCGAGCGAUUCAACCCGGCGAUACCGGUAUAUGGGCAACUUGUGCAAUGAAGAAAGAAGCGAAAUCCGUAGCCGACCUGCGGGAUCUUUUCGACGAGUAUGCAACAGCAUUGUAUGGAACAACGGAAGCCAACGCGACAGCCAUGGAUGACGUUUCCGACUCGGAUGGAGGCGAUAUCGAAGAGGAGAUCAAGAAGGAGAUCGCCGACAUACGCAAGCCAACCACUAAGCCUCUUUUCUCAUCCGUCAAGCUUGAUACUCAAUGCUUGGUUUUCUUCCGAACGCGCAAGCCUGUUGAGCCGGUAUCCUUUGUGCAUAAGAUCUGCCAAGACGUAGCAAAUGGUGCACAGCUCAAGAACUUGCGCUAUGUCAAGCGCCUGACGCCCAUCACUGCAUUCGAGAAGGCGACACAGCAAGGUCUUGAGACUGUUGCGAAACAUGUGCUUGCGUCUCACUUCCACAUUGAAAAUCAGGCCUCAAAGAAGUUUGCCAUACGACCGUCGAUACGGAACAACAAGGAGUUCACCAGAGACGGUGUCAUCAAAAGUGUAGCGGCCGCUGUAGGUCCGGGACACAGUGUCGACCUGAAGGACUAUGAUCUCCUCGUUAUGGUGGAGAUCUACAAGAAUGUUGUGGGCAUGAGCGUCGUGGGACCUGACUUUGAGAAACUCAAACGUUUUAAUUUGGAAGAACUUCGCCAACCACUAACAGCGACGGUAUCAGACAUCAGCCCGGAAGUAAAGAGCCAAUCUACUGCUCCAAUCAUAAUCCGAGAAGAGGUCUAA